GUGCUAGGACACCUCAGGAGGGGACCACAGGUACCUCGUCGCUUCACAUUCCUUUUUCGUGGGCCCCUUUUAUCCUCCAAGGAGCUUGAGAAGCUGAGAAUGUCGGAGACUCCCAGGACCUCUUUCGGAGGCAGGAGAGCUGUCCCCCCCAACAACUCCAAUGCCGAAGAGAACAACCCCCCCACUGUGGAGCUGCAGGGCCUGGUGCCCAGAGGAGUCAACCUGCAAGAUUACCUUCAUGUCUCGGGUGUUCAGCUCUUCAAGGAGAAAUGGGACAGCAACAAAGUGGAUCACCACACCCACCAGUAUGAUAACAGCAAGCUAAUUGUGCGCAGGGGACAGUCUUUCUACAUCCAGAUCGACUUCAAUCGUCCAUACAACCCGAGGAAAGAUCUCUUCAGGGUGGAAUAUGUCAUUGGGCGCUACCCUCAGGAGAACAAGGGAACCUACAUCCCAGUUCCCGUGGUGUCCGAGCUGAAAAGAGGCAAGUGGGGGGCCAAAGUCAUCAUGCGACAGGACAGGUCUGUACGGCUGUCCAUCCAGUCUUCCCCCGAGUGCAUUGUGGGGAAAUUCCGCAUGUACGUGGCCGUCUGGACCCCCUAUGGGAUACUCCGCACCAACCGGAACCCCGAGACCGACACCUACAUUCUCUUCAAUCCCUGGUGUGAAGACGAUGCUGUGUACCUAGAGGAUGAAAGAGAAAGAGAGGAGUAUGUCCUCAAUGACAUCGGCGUCAUUUUUUACGGAGACCACAAUAACAUCAAGAGCAGGAGCUGGAGCUACGGUCAGUUUGAGGACGGCAUCCUGGACGCUUGCCUGCACAUGAUGGACAAAGCACAGAUGGACCUUUCAGGCAGGGGGAACCCCAUCAAAGUCAGCCGCGUUGGGUCUGCAAUGGUCAAUUCCAAAGAUGAUGACGGUGUCCUUGUUGGAUCCUGGGACAAUGUCUAUGCCUAUGGUGUCCCCCCUUCCGCCUGGACUGGAAGCAUUGACAUUCUGUUGGAAUAUCAGAGUUCUCAGAAUCCAGUUCGGUAUGGUCAGUGCUGGGUUUUUGCUGGUGUCUUUAACACAUUUUUGCGAUGCCUGGGGAUACCAGCAAGAGUUGUCACCAAUUACUUCUCAGCCCACGACAAUGAUGCCAAUUUGCAAAUGGACAUCUUCCUGGAAGAAGAUGGGAAUGUGAACUCCAGACUCACCAAGGAUUCAGUGUGGAACUACCACUGCUGGAAUGAAGCCUGGAUGACGAGGCCCGAUCUUCCUGUUGGAUUUGGAGGCUGGCAAGCCGUGGACAGCACCCCCCAGGAAAACAGUGACGGGAUGUACCGGUGCGGCCCGGCCUCUGUCCAGGCCAUCAAGCACGGCCACGUUUGCUUCCAGUUUGAUGCGCCCUUCGUCUUUGCAGAGGUCAACAGUGAUCUUGUUUACAUCACAGCUAAGAAAGAUGGCACUCAAGUGGUGGAAGCUGUUGAUACCACCCAUAUUGGGAAAUUAAUUGUGACCAAAGAAGUUGGAGGAGAUGGCAUGAGGGAUAUUACUGACACCUACAAAUUCCAAGAAGGCCAAAAGGAAGAGAGACUGGCCCUCGAGACUGCCCUAAUGUACGGGGUUAAAAAGCCGCUCAACACAGAAGGUGUGGUGACGUCGAGGUCCCACGUGGACAUGGACUUCGAGGUGGAGAACGCUGUGCUGGGGAAAGACUUCAAGGUCAUCAUCACCUUCCAGAACAACAGCCCCAAUCCGUACACCAUCUCAGCCUACCUCUCCGGCAGCGUCAUCUUCUACACCGGGGUCUCCAAGGAGGAAUUCAAGAAGGAGACAUUCAGUGUGUCCCUGGAGCCCUUGUCCUCCAAGAAAGAGGAGGUGCUGGUCAGAGCCGGCGAGUACAUGGGCCAGCUGCUGGAGCAAGCGUCUCUGCACUUCUUUGUCACUGCGCGUGUCAAUGAGACCAGGGACAUUCUGGCCAAGCAGAAGUCCACUGUGCUGACCAUCCCCAAGAUCAUCAUCAAGGUCCGUGGCACCCAGAUGGUUGGUUCUGACAUGGUUGUGACAGUUGAGUUCACCAAUCCUUUAAAAGAAACUCUGCAAAAUGUUUGGAUACGCCUGGAUGGUCCUGGAGUGAUAAAACCAAUGAGGAAGAUGUUCCGCGACGUCCAGCCCGGCGCCACCGUGCAGUGGGAAGAAGUGUGCCGGCCUUGGGUCUCCGGCCCGCGGAAGCUCAUCGCCAGCAUGACCAGCGACUCCCUGCGACACGUGUAUGGCGAGCUGGGUUUGCAGAUUCAAAGACAGCCGUCUGCGUAAAGGCACCGGAGGCGGAGAUGGGCCCAGGCACUUGGCCUCUUGGAGUCUUGGCUAAGGAAAUGCUAAUGCAAAAAUAGUCUGCUCUUGCUUUAAGUCAAGAUAGGCAGGAUAGGUGGGGCGCCAGAGUGGGGAUGCCGUGUGUUUCAAAGACACACUUUCCCAAACUCAGGCCAUUCAGAGUGGAAGUUAGUUUUCAAUCGCUCCACCUUCCAAAGGAUUCUGAGGAUUAGCUUUAAUUAAGCCCUAAUUAAGCUCUCAUAGCUCAUAAGAGUAAACGUCAUCAUUUAUCAUCGCAAAUGGCUGCAGCUUCAAGUAUCAGAGGCCUCCCUUAGCGAGGGGAUUCGCUUAAUGCCUGGCCUCGUAUAAAACAAGCUUUCUGGUCCCCCACUCAGCCUCUUAUAAGGCUAACAUACUCUCCCAAAUGGAGAGAAGCACAUGAUUUGGGCCCUAAAUUCUAUUCCCCUGUCUUAGAAGCAGGUUCUGCCUUCUGUGUCAGAAUAUCGUUCCCAUGGAUUGAGUACGGCCUCAUUUGUCUUCUUGACAAAGCGAGGGAAAGGCCCUUCACCUGGCACCUGCAGCAGAGCAGCUGCCUGCCAAAUUUCAAAGAUUCGCCUUGUGAGAAGACGUGGCCCCAUAUUAACAAAUUGCAUUUGUGAGAAGCUUAAUCACCUAAGAGGAGCUAAGAAAGCAGAUGCAAUACUCGGCUCUAUUAAAUAAUGUAGUUUUAUGGUGCAUUUUAUAGGAGGUGUCACACCGCGGUCUGAUCAGCAGGAAUCACUAGCCCUCACUUUAACCCUUCCUGGGCUGCGGUACAGGUGGAUCUCAGAGGCUGCAGGUUGGUUGCAGACCACCACAGUAAAGCCAGCAUCCUAAUGAAGCGAGUGUAACCUUUUUGCUGGUGAAGGGCCUUGCCUUCAGUUUGUAAAAAAUGCAAGGAUGCCUGUCCUAGAGAGUAAUGAGCCUGGCUUGGGACAGGAGGAACGAAGAUUCAGUCUCUUUAAUUAGGGAUUAUAUUUCACCUGUCUCUCUGGGAUCAUCUUUGCAUAAUAGUGCAGCCCAGGUACAUUUUUAGAGAUAGAGUAAGCCCAGCAAUUCAGAGACACUGGCAGAUUUAGUGCCCAAACAUGCAGAAGGAUGGGCAGCCACUCGUCUCUUGUCCUUCACACCAGCCAUGCUGAGGCCUCAGCUCAGCGCCCAGGAGCUGAGAGGUCAGGCGGACGCACCUUGCAAACAGCCAGUAGUACUGCAGACCCCGGGCAGGAUGCUGACAUCAUUUGUUUUGUGCUCCAAGGUAUUCAUCUGCAAAGUUGAUUUAUGGUCAGAAUUACCCACCGACAUGCCAGGGUAUGAUUUAGGUCAGUAGAUUGUGAUUCUUAACAAACAAAAACAGAGCAGGAAGAAACCUGGAGAAGCCAGAAUGGAAUUCUUGGCUUAUGUAACCACAUUUCUAAGCCUUUGAGACUGUUCCUGAGCCUGUAGCACCAGGAAUCCAUGAGGGUAGCUGGUCCCCUAUAGGAACAUCAUACUAACUUUAUUAACAAAUUUCCCAGCAUUUGCCAAGCCUUCCAAUAUCCAAUUUUAAAGUUGAAUGCAUUUUGUUAGGCUGUUAAACUGGCUUAAUGUAGUAUAUUCUUAUUAACUAGAAUGUAAUCAAGGCUUAAAAUAAAGUUAAUCUGAUCAUA